CAGCCGGGGGCCAAACGUGUUGCACCAGGACGGCAACGCACCGCAAGCUACGUUCUUUUCACCCGUCCAAAAAGCCAUGUUGCCCCCAAACACCUUCCAAGGGAAACUGGCCUUUAUCACUGGUGGAGGUACUGGGCUUGGCAAGGGGAUGACAACAGCCCUCUCCAGUUUGGGUGCCACGUGUGUUAUAGCAAGCCGGAAGCUUGAUGUUUUGAAAGGAACAGCUGAAGAAAUUUCUUCUAAAACAGGGAAUAAGGUGUAUGCAAUCCAGUGUGACGUGAGAGAUCCUGUUUCUGUUAAGAAUGCUGUUGCUGAAUUAAUCCAACUUGCAGGACUUCCUAAUAUUGUGAUAAACAAUGCAGCGGGGAACUUUGUUUCCCCUUCUGAGCGACUUUCUGCUAAUGCAUGGAAAACAAUAACUGAUAUUGUACUUAACGGUACUGCCUUCAUCACUCUGGAAAUUGGGAAGGAGCUCAUUAAAGCACAAAAAGGAGCAGUGUUCCUGUCUAUUACGACAAUUUAUGCAGAGAGUGGUUCUGGGUUUGUGGUGCCAAGUGCCUCUGCCAAAGCUGGUGUGGAAGCAUUGAGCAAGUCUCUUGCGGCUGAAUGGGGUAAAUAUGGCAUGAGAUUCAAUGUGAUUCAACCAGGUCCAAUAAAAACAAAGGGUGCUUUUAGCCGUCUUGACCCAACAGGCACAUUUGAGAGUAAAUUAAUAGAGAGGAUUCCCUGUGGCCGUCUGGGAACUGUAGAAGAAAUUGCAAAUCUUGCUACCUAUUUCUGCAGUGACUACGCAAGCUGGGUUAAUGGAGCAGUUAUUAGAAUGGAUGGUGGAGAAUUUGUUUCUAUGGCAGGAGAAUUCAACGACUUGAGGAAGGUAACCAAGGAGCAAUGGGAUACGAUGGAAGCAAUGAUCAGAAAAACAAAGGGUUCAUAAAGUGCUGCUUUACUGUGUUCUUGGUGGUGGCUUUUGGAAAGAAACUACUGAAAUCAUCAAUGUUUAGAAAUAACCUAUUAAGGAAAAGCUUUCAAAAUAUUUUAUAUGCUGAUUUUAAUAAAGUAUUCUGACUAUUAAAAUUUUACUCUAUAUAAUGUCUUACAUAGCCAUACUGUGAUCUAUUUUUAAUAUUUCAGAGAAUUUUUCCAUUGUUCAUGUAUAUGCAAGCAAUUUUUAAUAUUGUAAUCUCAAUAGCAUUUCAAGAACAUCCUGCCUGAACAUAAUUGUUAAUCUAGGGAAAACUGAGGAAGCCCUGUUAUUUGCAAUUCAGUUCUAAGUCCUGAAUUUGCAAGUGACUUCCAAGUUGUCAWUAGUAUAUAGUAAAGACAGAGCAUAAGUUCUAAUGUAAUCUUUUCCACAUACCAAGUUUUGAGGUAUAUAACCUUCUCGGUCGCAGCUUUUGCUGACAUUUUCAAUCUGUUAAUUGUCUUCUGUUGAACUUUAGAAGUAGUAUCUAGGGAUGAAUCUUUCCUUCCUGAGUUGCUCUGUCUUUAUCAUGGAUUAACUUAAUGUUCUUGAAAGUGAGAAACUAGAACCUCAUCUGCUGUUAAUGUGUGUGUGGCUAUGAGAGUGUCAGCAUAAAAAGGCUAACUUAGGCUAGUGAAGGACACUAGUGAUUUGGGACUGAAAGCAGUGAGCACUUAUUGGCAGAGGUCUGUGGAAACUGAUUCCAUUAUCAUUCACAGUGGGCACUGAAGGAGCUCUAAGGAGGCAUGACUUCUGCAUGUAGUUAAGUUCAUUAAUCCCAAAAGAAAUGUGUCAACUUAGUUGUAAGUAGGCCACUAAAAAAAGGGCAAGUUUGUUUCCUUUCUUUAGGGAUUAUUAGGUUUUCCAGAGUUGUGGGAUAUGCCUGUUGUUCCGCCCUUCUAACAAGAUGUGCAGUGCGCCAAGCAAGUCUGAAUUCGGAUCUGGCCUUUGMAGCCUGAAAUCUGUGUUUGUUUUUAAAAAUUGUGUUUUACCUCAAACUUCCUCCAUGCCUGCACACUGCCCUCUGUCCAUGCCUGUAUGUGC